AUGGCUGAUCUUCCCAAAGAACGUUUGACUGCUUGUCGAGCCUUUGAAGUCUCUGGCGUUGACUUUUGUGGACGUAAUAAAGCUCUAGUCAAAUGCUACAUGGCUGUCUUCAUCUGCUUCGCGACUAAAGCAGCUCACCUGGAGCUGGUCAAGGUUCUGUCUACGGCUUCAUUCUUGAAUGCGCUCAAGAGGUUUAUAUCGACUCGUUGCAGGCCAUCCCAGAUCUGGUCGGAUAACGCUACCAACUUUGUCGGCACCAAGAACGAGCUUCUGGAACUCAAACGUCUUUUCAUAAGUCACAAUCAUAUUGACUCAGUGCACAAGUUUUGCAUGGCUGACUCCAUUGAUUGGAAGAUUAUUCCCCUCGUUCGCCGCAUUUUGGCGACCUUUGGGAAGCAGCAGUGA